AACCGCCCAACCUUCGUCUUCAUAAAACCAAAUCUCCAUCCCAGAUUCCAAGGUUUUCGAGUAUUCAUUCAUCCAGCAAUCGAGAGAGUAAGAGAGGAAUUCGUAGCGUGAAAGGAGAUUGAAUCAUAAGCUAUGGAUAGAGAAUGGGGUUCGAAGCCAGGGAGCGGAGGCGCCGCCUCGGGCCAGAACGAGGCCAUCGAUCGCCGUGAGCGUCUCCGUCGUCUUGCUCUUGAAACCAUAGACCUUGCCAAGGAUCCCUACUUCAUGCGAAAUCAUCUUGGAAGCUAUGAGUGCAAACUAUGUCUAACGCUGCAUAACAACGAAGGAAACUACUUGGCGCAUACUCAAGGUAAGAGGCAUCAGACCAACUUGGCCAAGAGAGCUGCUCGAGAGGCCAAGGAAGCUCCUACACAGCCACAGCCUCUCAAGCGCAAAGUCUCUGUUCGCAGAACAGUGAAAAUCGGUAGACCAGGGUACCGAGUUACAAAGCAGUACGACCCCGAGUUGAAGCAAAGAUCCCUCUUGUUCCAAAUUGAAUAUCCUGAAAUAGAGGACAACAUCAAGCCAAAACAUCGUGUGAUGUCUUCAUAUGAGCAGAAGGUUGAACCUUAUGACAAGAGAUAUCAGUACCUUCUAUUUGCAGCUGAACCAUAUGAUAUCAUAGCCUUCAAGGUUCCUAGCACAGAGAUUGAUAAGUCAACCCCAAAGUUUUUCUCUACAUGGGAUCAAGACUCUAAGAUGUUUACUCUGCAGGUGUAUUUCAAGCCGAACAAACCAGAACCAAUCAAGCCUCAGCCCAACGCUGGAGCAAAUGGCCUUCUGCCGCCGCCACCACCACCACCACCUCAAGCUCAACCGCCUCCGCCUCCUCCAUCUGGUUCACUGCCACCGCCACCACCUCCGAUGGCUAAUGGUGUUCGGCUCAUUCCUCCGCCUCCACCACCAGUUGGAGGUUUUGGACAUCCGAAUAUGUGAAAUUGAGAAACUUGCGAUGUUAGAAUCAACUAUAAGCUGUUUUGAACACAGUAGUGUCUUAUCAUGGUCUAUCUUAAGAGAGUGUACUGAAAAACCAAUCUGUUUUGACAUGGAUUCUUAAAAGCAUAUCUAUAUGAUUUGCACAUGUAUUAAGUAGCGGUUAUUGGUUCUUGUAUUUUGGUGGAUUUAGAAAUCUUCUUUGGAUUUGAUAAAUUUAUUGAUUUCAAAAUCAGCAAAAUAGAAAAAAAUCAAAUUCACUUAAA